AUGACCAGACCUAAACUGUCGCUCUACUAUGACCUGCACAGUCCAUACGCAUACCUCGCCUUCUAUGCGAUCAAGAAUUCAUCCACCUUCAAGUCCUGCGACGUUACGUACAUUCCUGUCCUCCUCGUGGCAUACAUCAAAGCCAUCGGCUUGCAACCACCUUGGAGUUCUCCAAACAAAAUCAACUGGAUGGUGACUGACAUCACCCGCUCCGCUCGUGAAUUUAACAUCCCCUGGACCCAAGGAUGGCCUAUGAAUUAUCCCGCCAUGGCGACGACCGUGAAGGUCCAAAGAGUUCUCGUAGCCUGCUCGCAUGAAUGUCCCGAGCGCUACCCUGAUGUUAUCGGCGCUCUCUUUCACGCUUUCUGGGUUGAGAAAAAAGGCGUCCAGCUCCCCGAGAUUUAUGAGCCGAUUAUCACAGAUAUAUUGGGAAAAGAAAUCUCUUCCAGAAUUGUCGAACAGGCAUGA